AUGCCUUGUACUCCUUUUGGUAAAAGUAAGCCGUUGCAGCGUAAAUUAGUUGUGUUAGGUGAUGGUGCUUGCGGAAAGACUUCCCUUCUAAACGUAUUUACGAAGGGCUAUUUCCCACAGGUCUACGAACCAACAGUAUUUGAAAAUUACGUACACGAUAUAUGGAUUGACAACCAACAAAUUGAAUUAUCACUAUGGGACACAGCAGGGCAAGAAGAAUUCGAUCGUCUUCGUUCGCUAUCAUAUGCAGAUACACAUGUGAUAAUGCUAUGUUUUGCAGUAGACAACAGAGACUCUCUAGAUAAUAUAGAAUCAAAAUGGAUGGAGGAAAUACUUGAACAUUGUCAGGGCGUCAAGAUUGUCUUAGUCGCCCUUAAAUGUGAUUUAAGAGAAGAUCUUCAGGUUGUCAGAGACAUGCAACGUUAUGGUGAAAGACCUGUAACAUAUGAAGAGGGGUUGGCAGUAGCUCGAAAUAUCGAAGCAUCUAGAUAUCUAGAAUGUUCAGCAAUGCACAAUCGAGGUGUACGAGAAGCCUUUGAACAGGCCGCUCGAGUAAGCAUUCAUGCAAGACCCAAAGGUGCACCUGGUGAUUCCAACAAUAUAAGAUGUGUAGUUUUGUAA